AUGAACACCCUUUCCCUCAAUUCACUCAUACCGACGGCAAUUCACCUCAGAAUCUCACGCGCCGCCUCGCCGUGCGCUUUACGUGCCACCUCGUCGGAAAACUCACAGUCGUCAAUCGAAAACCAAACUCUAGAGGUCCUAGAAUGGAGCUCCCUCUGCAAUCAGCUCUCUCCCUUCGCCUCAACAACGAUGGGACUUUCCGCCACCAAAAACGCCGAUAUUCCGGUGGGAAACUCGCCGGAGGAGAGCAAGACCUUACUCGACGAGACGGCGGCUGCUUUGGCGGCUAUGGAGACGAUGGAAUCGCGUCGCUUAGGUCUUUCUGAGAUCAUAGACUUGUCUCAAAUCGUGGAGCGUGCCAUGGCUGGUCAAGUCCUCACCGUUAGAGAGCUCUGCUCCGUUCGCACCACGUUAAUGGCUUCUACUUCAACGUUUCGUAAACUUAGAGAAGCAGCCAAUAAUGAUAACAGGGUUAAGCCUCUUGUAGGGAUACUUGAAGGUUGUGAUUUCAAGAAAACAUUGGAACAAAAGAUUGGUUUUUGUAUAGACUGUAACAUGUCUAUGAUUCUUGAUAGAGCUAGUGAUGAUUUAGAGAUGAUAAGAUCUGAAAGGAAGAGAAACAUGGAGAGAUUGGGUUCUCUUUUGAAGCAAGUGUCGAUUAGGAUUUUUCAGGCCGGGGGAAUCGAUAAGCCGUUGAUAACGCAGCGGAGAUCGAGGAUGUGUGUAGCUAUUAGAGCUUCACACAAAAGUUUGCUUCCAGGUGGUGUUGUUUUAAGUGUUAGUAGCUCAAGAGUAACAUGUUUUAUGGAACCGAAAGAGGCAAUAGAGCUUAAUAACAUGGAAGUGAGGCAUGCAAACUCCGAGAAAGCUGAGGAAAUGGCGAUUUUGAGUAUUUUAACAUCUGAAGUGUCGGAUGCGCAAAGGGCGAUAUUGCAUUUGUUGGAUAGAAUACUAGAACUUGACAUUGCUUUUGCAAGAGCAUCGCAUGCGAAAUGGAUGAAUGGUGUAUGUCCCAAAGUAACUUCAGAAAACACUAAAACACUGGAGUUGGUUGUAGACAUUGAUUCAGCGCAACACCCGCUACUUCUUGGAUCCGUAUUAGGCAGCUCAAAAGGUGGAGACAUUUUCCCUGUGCCAAUAGACAUUAAGGUUGAAAGUGGAACCAAAGUCGUCGUCAUCUCUGGUCCAAACACAGGAGGAAAGACCGCUUUAUUAAAGACAUUGGGAUUAAUAUCUCUUAUGUCGAAGUCGGGGAUGUAUUUGCCUGCUAAAAAUUCCCCAAGGUUGCCUUGGUUUGAUCUUAUUCUGGCUGACAUUGGGGAUCCCCAGUCUUUGGAGCAAAAUCUCUCAACUUUCAGUGGCCACAUCUCACGGAUAUGUCAGAUACUUGACAUUGUUUCAGAAAAUUCGCUUGUCCUGCUAGACGAAAUCUGUAGUGGAACUGAUCCUUCAGAAGGUGUUGCACUUGCGACUAGUAUCCUACAGUAUAUUAAAAAUCGUGUUAAUGUUGCUGUUGUAUCCACACAUUACGGUGACUUAACUCGCUUGAAGGAUAAUGAAUCUCAAUUCCAAAAUGCUGCAAUGGAGUUCUGCAUCGAAACAUUGCAGCCUACAUUCCGAGUACUCUGGGGAAGUACUGGUGAAUCAAAUGCAUUGAGAGUAGCUAAGUCGAUUGGUUUCAAUAGAAGAAUAUUAGAGAAAGCACAUAAAUGGACGGACAAAUUAAAGCCAGAGCAGGAAGUAGAGCGGAAAGGCUCACUCUUUCAAUCCCUCGUGGAAGAAAGGAAUAAGUUAAAUCGUCAGGCGACCAAGACUGCAGCUUUUCAUAGAGACUUAAUGAACCUUUACCGCGAGCUUGAGCAUGAGUCGCAUGAUCUUGGCAAACGUGAGAAGGCUCUUAUGAAGAAAGAAACUCAAAAGGUACAAGAAGAUCUAAACUCUGCUAAGUCGAAGAUGCAGAAACUAGUGGCUGAAUUCGAAAGUCAACUAGAAACCACUCAGGCUGAUCAAUACAAUACCUUAAUUCUGAAAACCGAAGAGGCGGUUGCAGAUAUUAUUGAAGCUUGCUGUCCUAACAAUCUUGUUGCAUCUGCGGAAGAAGCGUAUGGUGACUACUCGCCACAAGCAGGUGAAAAGGUUCUUGUGAGUGGACUAGGAGAUAAGUUAGGUACCGUGGUUGAAGAACCUGGAGAUGAUGAUGAGACAGUUCUAGUCCAGCAUGGUAAGAUAAGGGUGCGCAUAAAGAGAAAGGACAUAAAGCCUCUUCCUCGUAGCAGAACCAGUGAAACACCUAAUCGUUCACUACUUUCAAAGAGACAGAUAAACAUAAAAGAGCUAGGCAGUGUGUUGCAGAUGCAGAGCGAACCAGUGCGGGUUCAGACAUCAAAGAACACAUUGGAUCUAAGAGGAAUGCGAGCAGAAGAAGCAAUUCACCAGCUAGACAUGGCUAUAUCAGGAAGAGACUCAGGUUCAAUCCUCUUUAUCAUUCAUGGAAUGGGGACGGGCGUUAUAAAGGAGCUAGUGCUUGAGAGGUUAAGGAAACACAGUCGUGUCUCGAGGUACGAGCAGGCAAAUCCAAUGAACCAUGGUUGUACAGUUGCUUACAUUAAAUGA